AUGUCUUGUGAUAUUUAUCAGUUAAUCCAACUAGCACAAUCCUCUAAUAAUGCGGAAAGAAAUAAUGCAGAGAGUACUUUACUGGAAUUAGCUGAUUUGAAUGCUUCGUCUGUAUUAACAACUUUGAUGAAUGUGGCUACUAACAACGAAGACAAUUCUACUGUUGCAGUCCAAUCUACCCUUACUUCCAGACAGUUUGCUCUAUUAACAAUAAGAAAACUGAUUACCUUUUAUUGGUCCCCAGCUUUUGAGUCCUACAGAAACACUUCAUCGUUAGAUUUAGGCACUAAAACAAUGAUCAGAAAUUCUUUAUUGAAGUUAUGUCUUGAUCCAAACCAAGAUACUAAAUUAUAUAACGGUGCUUCUUACUGUAUCGUGCAAAUUGCCGCUGUGGACUUCCCUGACCAGUGGCCUCAAUUGUUACCUGAUCUAUAUAAAUGCAUAACCAAUAUUGUUAUGGCAAAUCCACAGCCUGCAUUAAACGCAAUCUCCAUACUAAAUGAAAUUUAUGAUGAUAUUAUAUCUGAGGAUAUGUAUUUUGAUGGUGGAAUAGGUAUUGAAACUUUAAAAAUCGUUUCACAAUUAGCUACAGACAUGAACCCACAUACUAACAACUCUACUGAAUCAUUAUCGGUCUCUGUUAAGUUCAAAAUUGGUGCCAUGAAACUCUUUAAUGCAUGCCUACUACAAAUGUCUACGGUUACCUCAAAUUCAUCUGGUGAUAGAAAACACUUCGUUAAGGACAUAGUGUCAAAAUCACUAGAAAUGUUAUCCCAAAUGUUAUCCCAAUAUGGCGACAACUUCAAUAAAUUGAUAUUCCAAUUAAAAUCUUUGAUUUAUGAAAAUUUGGUCCUAAUAAAGUCUGAUUUCCCAGUAAAAUUAUUCCCUAAUAAGUGGAUAGAAAAUUUUAAAGAAAGAUCCAUUCAAGAUUUAUCUUUAUUAAAGAAUUGGUACGUCAAUAAUCAUGAACAAUUACUAUUAGACGACAUCUUAUUGCAACAAUUCAAUGAAUACGUCAUACAGAUUCUAGAAUUCUUGUCUUUAUGUAAUGAAACCAUUCAAUUGACAGAAACUGACCAUUCAGCAGUAUUACAAUCUAUGUUGACAUUAUCAUGUCUUGAUGAUUCAACAAGAGACACCUGGUUAAAUGAUCCAAAUGAAUUUGUAUCGAAGGAAAAUGGAUUAUCUGCAAACUAUACCAUAAGAGAUCAAGUGGCUGAUUAUUUAAGUAAUUUAUCUGGUCAAACUUUACAAACAACCUUCCAAAAUGUUGUGCAAUAUAUAAUGAACAAUAUGACGAAUAGUCCAAAAUUACUAGAAUCAUCUAUAUAUAUGUUGCAAUGUGUUCUAAUUAAUGGUGAAAAUAGUGAAGAAACCGAUAGUUUCAGAAUUAAAUCAAUCAAUGAAUUUGAAGCAUUCAUUGAUGCACUAUUUAUGCAUCAAUACCAAUUAAAUGAUGCUUUACUUGCAUCGAGAAUUAUUUUAGUGAUCCCCAAAUUAUUGGACAAUUUUAUGGAUAUAUUACCUGAUGUUAAAAUAAUGACUACCAAUUAUUUGAUUAAAAGUGUUGAAAGAGGUAUGAAUAUUAUGUUGCAGGAUCAAGAUAGUGAUAAUUUAAUUCUUUCCUCUAUAUUAAUUGCAUUCACCUAUUAUGCCUAUUAUGCUGAAUUGUCUAGUGUUCUUAACUUUGAGCUAUGUUCACAGCUUCAAUUAAAUCUUUUAAAAUUAGUAAAUCAUCUAUCACAAGAUGCUGAAGAGGAUACUAACGGACUUUUAAUCGAGGUGUUGCAUAAUAUCAUUAAUUGUAACACUGAAUCUACUGAUUUCAAGAUUAUUCGUCAAGAAUUUACCUCAGUUCUAUCUAUCUCUAGUAAAGAUCCAUCUAACAUUCAAAUUGUAGUAGAAUCUCAAGAGUGUUUGGAGAAAUUAUUAGCUAAUAUUACAACCGAAAGAUAUGUUUCCUUCAUGGAAUUAUGCUUACCAUCUUUUGUUCAUAUUAUUCAAGGUAAUGCUAUCACAGGAUUCAAAUAUUCCCCAUUACUAUCCUUAAUAUUAGAAUUUCUUACCGUUUUCAUGAAGAAAAAACCAACUGAUGGACCAUUACCAACUAAAUUCUGUGAAUAUAUUUGGGAGCCCUUAGUUCAAAUUUUACAAGCAUCAGUAGAAGAUGAAGUUUUACAGUUGUCCACAGAUGCCUUUACAUAUCUGAUUCACAACACUGACAGAGAAAUCAUUAAACCUCAGUUAUCUACAAUUGUCAACAUUUUGGAAAGACUAUUAUCUAUGAAUGUUAGUGACACUGCCGCCAUGAAUGUAGGAUCUUUAAUCGUUACUAUUUGUAACAAAUUUAAUAAUGAAUUAUCUGAUUUAAUUCCGCAAAUUUUAAAAGCUGCUGUUAACAGAUUAAUCCAUGUUAAACAUGUUGCCACACAAGAAAAUCUAGUGUCAUUAUUAUGUUUCUUGACUUACAGUGAUCCGUUACAAACAUUGAAUUUCCUGUUCCAAAUGUCAAUGGAGCAACAACAAGAAUCAUUACCACAAUCACAGUUUAAUGUGGUUCAAACAGUUUUUAAUAAAUGGUUUGAAACUUUUGAAAUUAUCAGAGGAGAACGUAAAAUUAAGGAUAAUGUAAUUGCAUUAAGUAAAAUCUUCUUUUUGUCAGAUACAAGGCUAAAUGAUGUAACCGUCAAUGGUGAAUUAAUCCCCUAUGAUGGUGAUUUAAUCAUUACAAGAUCUAUGGCUAAAAAAAUGCCGGAUAGAUAUACUCAGAUUAGUGUUUACACCAAAAUUGUCAAAUUGUUUUGUAAUGAAUUAGAGUAUAGAACUAGAAAGACCGAUCCGGAAAAGUAUAUUACUAGCGACAUCAAACAUAUAGAUGACAGGUCUGAUAAUAAUAUUGAUACUAACAAUAAUAUGAAUAAUGCUAAUAACGGAGGUGAUGAUGAUGAUGAUGAAUGGGAGGACGUCGAUGAUGUUCUGGAUUAUGAAAAGUUAAAGGAAUUUAUUGAGGAUGACGAUGAUGAUGAGACUUACCAUGAAGGUAUUAAACUAAAUCCAGAACAAGCUGAAGCCCAAGAAAUUACUGGCAUUAUGGAUGUCCCACAAAGCCUUGUACAUUUAUUGAUAGAAUUCUUUAAAGAAGCAACUACUAGUAAUGCCAAUGAAUUCCAAAAUAUAUACAAUUCUUUGAAUGAUAGCGAGAAAGCAGUUCUAACACAAAACUUGGUAUAA